GUGGCUCUCGGAGAACUAUUUAACCAGCUCAGAGCAGUUUCUAAUUAGAGCAUUUUAGUAACGGGGUUAUACUACAGCAUGAAGGAGGACAAAUAAUAACUUAGCGACGGUACCUGCAACGAAAACAGUGACUUCUCCUGUUAGCUAGAAGAAAACAGAUAGUUAGUAGCUAGAUAAAGUCAAUUAACACUAAGUCAGCAUGAGAAGAGGCAUCAUUAAUACAACAUAAACAGUGUGUUCAACUUCAGCGGCAGAUUUGUUUUACUUUUGUGUUUUACUGUAGCUGGUGGAAGCGGUGUUAUCGCUGCCAGUGACCUUAGCCCCACUUGACCGAGCUCCCGGACGGUCACCGGUAUGUUUCCUUUAGACUCUCCGUGGAACAUCUCGUUUGCAGGCUGCGGCUUUCUCGGUAUCUACCACAUCGGUGUGGCCAGCUGCCUGGUGGAGCAGGCUCCUUUCCUGGUGCACAAUGCCAGGCACGUAUAUGGGGCAUCAGCUGGAGCCCUCACUGCCACUGCCCUGGUCACUGGAGUGUGUCUUGGAGAGGCUGGUGCGAAUAUCAUCGAUGUUGCCAAAGAGGCGAGGAAGCGUUUCCUCGGACCCAUGCAUCCUUCCUUUAACCUGGUGAAGAUUGUGCGUAACAUGCUGCAGCGUACUCUGCCAGCUGAUUGUCACAAUCAGGCCAACGGGCGGUUAGGAAUCUCUCUUACCCGAGUGACAGAUGGAGAAAAUGUCCUGGUGUCGCACUUCGACAGCAAGGAGGAGCUGGUGCAGGCAUGUGUCUGCAGUGCCUACAUCCCAGUGUACUGUGGUAUCAUUCCCCCCACACUGCAAGGAGUGCGAUAUGUGGACGGAGGAAUCUCAGACAAUCUGCCUCAGUAUGAGCUGAAAAAUACCAUCACGGUGUCGCCAUUCUCUGGAGAGAGCGACAUCUGCCCCAGAGACACCUCCACCAACAUACACGAGCUGCGAUUCACCAACACAAGCAUCCAGUUCACCCUCACCAACCUCUACAGAGUCUCCAGGGCACUGUUCCCCCCAGACCCAAUGAUUAUGAAGUCCAUGUGUAAGCAGGGAUAUAAAGAUGCUCUGCACUUUUUAAAGAAGAAUGGAUUGCUUAAUUUAAACGGCCCUCUCAGAGACAGACCCCUGCUAGCUAAUAGGGAAGAAAAUGAGGAUUUUGAUGAGGAGGAGGAGGAGGAGGAGGAGGAGGACAAUAAAAGCGACGAAGAUGAGAAAAAGCCACCCUUGGAGGAGGGAGCAGUGAUGGUUCAUAGCAGUUCCUCAAUAGAAGAGCAUUUUUUCGAACACCUUCCACCCAUCCUGCACAAAGCUCUAGUUGAGGCCUGCAUGGAGAGGAGGAGCAUGACACAGUCGCUAAGCAACACCCUUCCUAUCAGGAUGGCCUCAGCCAUGAUGCUCCCUUACACUCUCCCUCUGGAGUCGGCUCUGUCCAUGACUCUCAGACUUCUGGAGUGGCUGCCAGAUGUGCAAGAAGAUGUUGGGUGGAUUCGAGAGCAAGUAUUCAAAAUCCUACAACAUGUCCUUCGCCAGGCCUCCAAAAGCAUUUCCCAGCAGGUGUCUGCCAGGUUUUUCUGUCAGCUGGAGCUGCACCACUACCAGUCCCUCCCAUCCCAGCUCAGCUCCACCAGCCUGUUUCCCACCUGGGUGAACGGGAGCAGUUCUUCAGUCCUGGACGUCUUCAUGCGUCUCGACGAGUACAAGCGACAGCUGUUGUCUGGAGGGCUGUUUAUCAACAUGGACCUGCAGGGCGUCUUCCAAACCGAACCGAUGUCAGCAGACGAGAGCCCUCCGCCCACCCUCUCCCCAGAAGGCCUCACAAUGCACAGAGUUUGUCUUCCACCUGCUCCAGCUCUGGAGUAACUUACUUAAUCUAGAUCCAGUAACAUUUAAAGCAGAUUUUAAUAUCUGUUUACACCCUUACAUUUACAUAUUUUAAGCUGCCAGGAAGAA